UUAAUAUUAACUCCUACUGCUGGGCCUAGAAGCUAUCUUCUUAAAGUAAACUUAUGAAAAUUUACAGUUUUUCUCAAAACAGUAAUUCAUGUGAAACAGUUCUUAAAGCUCUGAUUUCCCUGAAGAUUAGGCUGUGACAAUGAAAGUAUGCCACAAUAAGUGGGACAAACUGGGAGAAAAUUCCUUAUAAAGAUUUUGCUCAUUUAUUACCUUAAGCUAGUACCUAGCCUUUGGAUUCUGAUAAUUUCUGGGAGUAAUUUCAUCUUGAAAUAAAAACUUAAGAAUCUGAUCACUCAAGACUUGAGUCUUAAGGAAGAUAUCUGUGAUGGGACUCUAGGAAGAGUCUGACACAGUUAUGAGUUUAGGCUUUACUGGAUAUCAUCUUAAUUUCACCUCAUUAAUUUAAUAACUGAUAUUUUGGAAAUUUUAUCAAAAUUUAGCAAUGGCUAAUCAUUUACUUUAUUUUCGAGAUGAAAUACGACUUAAAUUCUUGCCAGCUUCAGGAAGAAUUCGAAUGCACUGAUUUCUAAAAUAGCUAAUCAAUACACAUUAGUUAGUUGAAGCAAUCAAAGAUUGUUUCUUCGUUUUAAUUGCGCCAUGAUGGCUUCAUAAGUUAACAUGGGGUUUGAAGAAUUUUCUGAAGAAGAACUUCAUAAAGCUCCGGUUACCAAAAGCAUGCUUGUUGUUAUAAAAAUACCAAUAGCUCUUUAGACGCUUCCUUAGAUUCUUAUAACUUCGGAGCAUCUAUUCCUUCCCAUGCUAGGCUAAUGUUUAGUCAUGCCUGUUAGUAUAUAAUUUUUAUGCCUAAAAACAAAAAUUCCCUAAUGAGAAGACCUCUCGAUGAUCAGUUAACCUUUGUAGACUGACACCUAAGUUUGCUUUAGAAACUAUUAGUCAUGAAAUAAGUAAGUAGAGCUGGGUUGAUAAGACCUUCACCCACUGUGCUAUAUUCUUGAAUUAUAAAUUGAUCUCUGCCAGAUAUCCCUCUUUAGAGUGAAUCUGAGGAUACAGACUCAGGAGAGCCAAUGAAAUGGUCAAUCUUCCUGAGACUGUAAGUGUCUCUUAGGGUAGGUAUUUUAUUAAGUAAACAUCCUUCGCUGCUCUCGCUGUCUGGCUCUCUUCAGUAGAUCGAGGUUUUGAGGCCUCCUUCCAGCUCAAAUUUAGUAUCAGUAUUGAGAACAACAGUCUUGACAUAUCCAUUCUGCAAGGAGGUCUUAAUCAUCUUUCUUUUAUUUUGCUUUGUGCCUUUUGGCUGAUAAGGAGCUUUCUGUUUAAUAAGAAAUCGUUUGAUGCUAA